GGGCGGGGGAAGCUGCGGGUCACGUUGCCCGCCUCCCGCCAGUUACACUCAGGCAUGGAUAGUGACGGCACGCGCGUGUGAUCCGCUCCACUAUGGGGCUGGCUUUUCCUAAGUGGAGUGGAAAUUAGUGGUAGUGUUGUCGAGAUAACAGUGAGUGGCAAUAAUGCCGGAGUCUGACAAGUCGCUGGAGCUCAAACUUCACAGUCCGGCAGGCGUGGAGGCCAUCAUCUUCCACUGGCCGCUCACGUCGGGUUCAGGCGCUGAGAAGGGGACGAGCCUACCAGCCAUCCGCCUCAACAAGCGCCCCUCACGAGGAAUGCUCAAGCACAUCCUCACACAGAUCUACAACCAUGCCGUCGUUGACCCUGAGAAACUCAAUCAGUACGAGCCUUUUUCACCUGAGGUUUAUGGGGAGACAUCAUUUGAGUUGAUAUGCCAGAUGAUAGAUCAGAUCCACAUCACUGAAGAUGACAUGUUUGUUGAUCUUGGCUCUGGCGUAGGUCAGGUUGUGCUACAGAUGGCUGCCUUAACGCCGUGCAAAAUAUGCGUUGGUGUUGAAAAAGCUGAAACGCCAUGCAAAUAUGCAACUGAAAUGGACCGAUUAUAUACUAAAUGGAUGAGAUGGUAUGGCAAAAAGCACAGUGAUUAUAAGCUGAUGAAAGGUGACUUCUUGAAGAAAGAGCAUCGUGAAGGAAUUACUGGUUCUUCCAUUGUGUUUGUCAACAACUUUGCUUUUGGGCCAAAUGUAGACCAUAUGCUCAAGGAGGUGUUUGCAGACCUUAAAGAUGGAGCUCGAAUAGUCUCUUCAAAAUCAUUUUGUCCUCUAAACUUUAGAAUAACUGAUAGAAAUUUAAGUGAUAUUGGCACCAUCAUGCACGUGUCGGAACUGUCCCCACUCAAGGGUUCAGUGUCUUGGACAGGGAAGCCUGUAUCCUACUUCCUUCACAUUAUUGAUCGUACCAAGUUGGAGCGCUAUUUCCAAAGACUUAAGAACCCCAAACUGAGGUCUGCAAAAACUGGAGACGAGAAGCUGGAGGAUGAGUCACCCGGUGUGCGCAGAGUCCGGAGGGACCUUAAUAAGGCCUCCAUCAAUUCUGAAACUUCCUCUAACAACUCAUCUGACCAAAACAAGGACCUUGAUGACCCAAUAAUUGGUCCAACCACUCGACGUGCAUGGAAUGACUGGUGUUCCAGUUCAACUCUUGUAAAUUCUUCUUCUUCUGCAAAAACAACACCAAAAGGUUCAUCUUGUCGAAGCUCAGCAGACGAGAAUGACGAAAAUGUCAACAAUGGGGCAUCUCGACAUUCAAGUGCUGGAACAAGGAGGAGAAAUACUCAGAGAAGAGCAGCUGCGUCAAAACCAUCUAUUGUGGAUGACCCUGACCCUCCUGUGGCGACUCGUGGGCAGAGACGCACAACCCUCAGCAAUAGUAGAAGAGGAGGAAAGCGAACACAUCGGUCGGCCAAAAAACCCAUCAAGAUUAACGGCCUAGACCUUCUGCAUACACAAACCCUACUAAGCACAAAUUCAGAUGGGAAGUCACCUACUUUCAAAGACCCUGCGCCAGGUUGUGUCGAUCAGAAGUUGUCCCUCUUCACGCCAUCCACCGUCAGCGGUAUUAUACGACACGAAGAGCUCCCCAUCCCACCUUCCAACACUCCUUAUGCACUAGAAGUAUUGCUCGAUGUGUUCCGUCAACAAUUUCUCAGCAUGCUCGACUCCAUUAAGAAGCCAGAGUACAAAGACUUUGUGAUGCAACAGAUUGAGGCAGAGAAGGAGAAGAACAAGUCAUUAAAGUCUCGGGCAGCACAGCUCGAACGGCAGAUUAAAGUUCUCAUCGACGACUCUGUGGCUCUUCUGAGGUCCCGCAUCUCUGAGCUGGGCAUGACAGCAGCCAACCCUGAAGACCUAUUGAAUAGAGCUAAGGAGAUUGUAUGGAGACACAAGGAGCUUCAGGCCAACGUGUCUUCGCUGCAGCAACAGGUAACGUCGGCAGAAGAAGAGCAGGACAAGUUGGUGAGGCUGAGACAACACGAGAUCAUCAACAAGUACAGAAGAAAUGGGCUCGUUAAUGGAAGUGUAGAUGUGUCUCACUUGACUCAAGAGUUCAUCUUGCGGGAAAUAUCUCAAACUUUAUCGCAGCGGAAGAAACUUCAUUCUCAAGUGUCGAGGUUGGAAUCCGAAGUUAACAACUUGGAGAGUACUGCUCCUGAUAGUGCCCGCACCACAAGUGCUGCUCAGCGUGCAGACAAGUCUCCGGGUAGACAUAAAACCAGACACCGAAGUCGUAAUCAAGAAUGGCCAAAUAUACCUGAUGUGGGAAAAAUUGAAGAGAAAAAUCCAGAGAUCUUGGCUCAAAAGAUUUUAGAAACUGGGAGACAAAUUGAAGCGGGUCGUAUCCCUGCAUUACCUGCCGGGACAGAAGUUAGAGUGCACGAAGGACGUAUACCUGUUAAUGUGGAAAAUAUGCGUGGACAACACCUUGUAGAAAACCGACAAUGUGAUACACGAUCCCAACCCUCGCAAAUGAGCCAAGAGCCUGGCCGGGUAGUUGUUCUAGCUCAGAGGUAUAUGUCUGGCAAUAUACUGCCUACUAAGACUGAGUUGUCCCAACAACCAGAGACCAAAUAUCAGCCUCCAUCAGCUCGACUGCCUUCCGAGAAGAACCAAAGACCUUUCUCCAUGAUACGUGCUCAUGAACCUCCCAGAGUGGCAGAUUUUGAAGAUCGCCUAAAAUUGAUUAUUACUAAUGUUCUAAAUGAGGACAGACCUCUAGCACAAGCAGUGCCUCCUAGACCGUCCCCUAUCCCACUACAAAAUCACUCCUCAUAUCCGUCACCCGGAGCAACUAAUCGCUCUGACUAUAAGCGGGAUAAUCGUGAAAGAAGAGGAGAAAUCCGGGAGUUACGGGAAUUAAGAGAGUCAAAAAUAGGUCAGCCCGAUUACACACAAGUAUCGCCAGCCAAAUUAGCCCUAAGACGUCAUCUCUCUCAAGAGAAACUUGCUCUGGAAUAUUUUCCAGGUGCCCAUAGAACUCCGACCAUCACGAGAAAUGUGGGAGAUCUUAUAAGUGGUGAAGUGGAGCGCACUUUAGAGAUCUCUUCUCAAUCUAUCAUCAAUGCAGCUGUUGAUAUGACUAUCUCGGGAAAGUCUAUAUCUCCGCGUCCCAAUUCCCGGAUAUCAAGAAUAGUGGAAGAGAGUUACGGCAAGCCUCACACUCCCGACAGCGGUGAUGGGCGCCAACAGUCACCAGCACUCAGAAUGGUCUAUUCCCCAAUCUCUCGGCCUAAUAGCACAGAGUCGCUCCCUCCCACACCACAUACUCCACAGUCGAUAGAAGGUCUUAUGUACCCAAGGGUAAAAUCCCCAAGAGGUCCUCAGUAUGACGAAAAGCCACACAUGCCUCCACCAGUACCAUCACCAGGAAGAGAUGGUUUAGAGGCACGGCUUGCUUCCAUGUAUGGCAAUAAGUGUACCCCAUCCACCCCACCCACCUCCCAAGCCACUCCACCCCUAACUCCAACAGGGCCUGCAACAGUAGGUGAUGCUAGUAAAAAUCGUACUGUACCAUUGCUGAGAACAGAGGUAUCACCUGUUGUUCACCACUGUAAUGAAACAAGAGGGUUGCCAGUUGAUGGCCCUGUUGAAGGUCUUGCCGCAACAUUGCAUGCUCGUUUCAUCAGCAGACCUCAUCUUCAGGCUAAGGUGAAGGAGGAGCCUGUUGAGGCUCGGCCUACCGAAGAUGAUCGAUUAAAGCGCAAAAUGCGGUCUCCACCCCCAGUAACUGUGGUAAUUCCACCAAAGAAACAACACUACUGUGAGGGCCCUCCAUCCUCCUCUAAUUCCUCUUCCAUUAUGACUCCACCUUUGUCGAAUGUCACUACAUCUGUGGCAUGUGUUGAGCCGAGCCCGUCGUCUUCCUUACAGUCCUUGGCACCCUCCACUAAACCCUCUAUCAUUGUCAGUCAACCCACUACCAGCCAGCUUAAGACUGAGCCCUUGGAUAAAAACCCAGAUGGGUUGGAGAGAAGUGAUUCCCCAUUACAAAAGUGGCAAGACAAGAUUAACAGUGGCUUCGACAAGUUGGUUGCAUUUGCUUCAGAAGUUGAUAAGCGACGCAAGUCCACAGAGGGCACAUCUCCACGACAAGAAGGGUUUGCAUCACCCAGGUGUAGUGAACGCCGACCCCCUGCCAUUGCGGAACCUCCACACAGCCUAGAACGUGAAACGUCAUCUUUUCGAGCCAGGCAGGAAGAAGAGGAAAUAGUACGGAGUAGUGAUGUCUCUGUUCCCCCUCCUUAUUCUCCACACUCUCCACCCAGAUUGUCACCAAGUCCCAUCCCAGAUGGCAGACCUCCAACACCACAGUCCCCCAGACCUCCUGUUCGUACGCCUCCUAUAUCUUCUCCGCCUCCAACUCCAUCCCCAGAUAGAUGUGGUGGUGAAUCGCCCGGCUUUUACUCGCAUCAGGGAGGAGAGACGCCCCCAUAUCUUCCUCCAGAACUGGAGACCACACGUCUAGUGUCGCCCAUCACGUCAUCCACAGAACAUGGCAUUUACCAUCACCAUUUUAAGAAGAAAUUUUAUCAUAAGGAGCAAAUGAGUUCUAUAGAUUCAGACCAUCACCACCACCAUCACCAUAACAACACACAUCACGGAAAGUUCCGUCCCAAAGGCAAAAAUUGGCAGUGGAGGAAUCGAUCAUCCCAUCAUCAGUCAUAUCAUCACCACAGCAGAAGGUCUCCACCGCCCUUGCCGUCUCAUCAGCUGCCAUACAGCAGCAGCACCACACACCACCACCACCAUCACCAUCAUCGCCACACUGCUACCUAUCCACCAUCAGUGCCACGUCAUCAUCACAACCACCACCAACUGGUGACCGCAGCAGCACCAACACAGAGAUCACAGGGCCCACAAUCACAAGGCCCAUACUUCCAUCAUUAAUAUGAGCAGACUUGAGCGGAUGAGCUGUCAAGACCACCACCAUCUUGUGACUUUCCAUCAUCACACAAUUGUUGCAGUGUUGAGAAUUGACCCACACAUGCUGGCUCUACUUGCAUCUACUCAGUUGACCCACACAUGCUGGCUCUACUUGCAUCUACUCAGUUGACCCACACAUGCUGGCUCUACUUGCAUCUACUCAGUUGACCCACACAUGCUGGCUCUACUUGCAUCUACUGAGUUUGUGCUUUCACAAUUUAGUUACCCAUUACAGAUUGUCUAUCAAAGCAGCUUGGUACUAGAUUUUAACCUAACUGACAGUACAAUUAUAAAGAAUUUAUCAGCAAACAUUUAAUGAUAAUGUUUGCAAUAAUAAUGUAGCAGUAAUUGUAGAUUGUAAGAGAAGUGUUGCAAGUAUUGGAAUCGUCUCUCGCACUCUAAAAUUCCACAAUUUAUUUUAUUGUAUAUAAAAUAUUUUAAUCACAGACACCUUUUAAGUUAUGGGCAUCAGUUAGAAUUGUUUAGAUAUAUGGCAUUAUUGUAUCCAGCACUUGAGAUACAAGCCAAAGAUAAAGCAUAUAGUAUUGCAAACAAAAAAAAAAUCAUUUAUUUUCUGGAUCAGUAGUUUAUGGAAGUAAUCCAAGAGGAGGUAUUAAAGCUGCUGCUGUGUGCAUCAGGUUAAUGUAGUAGAGCUUCUAGUUGGUGUCAAUAUUAACAUAAAGUGAAGUGAUCCCUUUGGGAUUAACUUAUCUCUUACAUUUCUGACUGUCACUGGCAAGUAUUGAUCAAAGUUUUCACUUGUGUUAUAAACUAGAUGUAUUUUGACAGCUUUUCAGUUUUCAGGAGCAUGUUCAUCUUUUUUUAAAGAAGAAUUUGCAAAUUAGAUAUUUAAUUCAAUAUGUUUUAGCUCAUAAUGCAUUAGUACAAGCUUAGAUCAGACUCACAUUUAAUAGAUACAAAUGCUUCAAUCAGUAUUGAUGGAGUCAUCAAGGUGGUGAGAUUGUGCGGCUUUGUGGCUCAUCUCUUGUAACCCGAGUACUUCGUCCCACUCCAGGCAGGCUGUUGGCCACACACUACUGCAGUGUUUCUGUGGUUGCCUCUACCAGUACAUACAACCAUACUCUUUCUUUACCAGGUGUGUUCUUUGACAUAACUGUGGGUCUUCCUCUAAACUUGAAUGAAUAUAAGAGAACUUUCAGGGAAAUAGAACUGUGAUUGUAAAUAUACUUGCCAUGGAUUGACUUGCAGGGAGGCUGAGAGUCACAAGAACAUAUCAUUCCAAGGCAAGUGUAAUGUCUCUUGCAGUUGUUCAGUCCCAACUGGGAAACUUUUCUCUCAGAUUCAGCUUUGUGAUCACAUGUGGCAUUUCAGACAGUGAGCAAUUAUGAUGUAAUGUUUGAAAACUUUUUAUAUGUAUAACAGAAGCUAGGUUUGACUUAACAUAGAAGUUUGUGUAACAUUGCAUCUUAACUGAUGCAACAUGUUUGUGUAACAUUUAAUUUGUGUACAUUAUACAAGAACCAGGGCUACGCUGUUGCUACCCUGACACUGGACGAUACUAGCACAUAAGGACUCUAGUGAGAUGAUUGCACUGCCAUUGAAAGCUUGAACAAAUGAACCAUGCACCAAUUUUCCAUCAACAAAUGUAAAAAUUUUGAGUUAAUUUCUUGUUAAUAUGCAAGACAUCAUCCUGAAUUAUGUACAACACUAACCUGAAGUUUCAUUCAACUGAUUUAGAAAGAAGUUGGAAAUUAAAUGACUUGUGAACUGCCAACCUCAUAUCUUCCUACAUUUUUAGAUAUAAAUGAUUAUAGAGGGACCAAUUAAAAAACUAUGUUUUUAAAAUAUUGAGGCAAUUUUAAUCUGUAGAUUAUAGGUGUCCUUACACUAGUUCCAUGUGGGAGAUUCCUUGUUAAUGUGAAGUAAUGGGGUGGCUGGCAACGUAUGGCAUCAUCAUACUAGUUGCCACUCCUCUUGUCAUGCUUCUAAAUCCUCCAUUAUUAUUUCUAAUAUUUUAAUUUUCUUAUUUAAUUAACUUUUUCUUCAGUAUUGUAGUCAAUAAUGUCUUGUGGUAUUUUUUUAACAGUUUUGUUGCGUAAUAUAAAAGCAGGAGAUAACCACUGUGGGUGGGUGAUUACCAAACAGUAUAGAGAGCUUUAAAACGAACACUGUUACACGCACGUACAUGUAACUAUUCACAAGAGCAUUAGUUGACUCACACUUACUAAUUAUGGGGUAGAUAAAUGAGCAAUACUUCUUACAUUUCAACUUAAAUACAAUUACACUAUCAAAGCAAAAAUUUCUAAAUAAUAAAUGUAGAAUGUAAAAUAUGUUAGAGAUUAAAAAUGGCUAAAGUUGUUUAGUUCUACCUGGUAAUAUUCGUAUUUACAAUCUCAUCAAAGACUUUAAAUCUUAUAGUUUUUAGGGCAAUUUGUCUACAAGUUUAAAGUUGACAUAAUUUCCACUGGAGAGUGAAAUAUACUUGUGGUGCUGUGGUUCAUUUAUAAUCUUUCAGAAUUUAUUUGUGUGCUCAAUUCUAUUUAUAUACUAUUUAUUUAGUUUUCAUUUACCUCAUUGUAUGGUUUGAUGAGUGUGUGAUAAUAAUACGCAGGAGACCUUUCUAAGGGAGGAACACAGACAAUUGUGGCUUCUCGCGCCUCUCGUUAAAGUCACCAGUGCGUGCUACACAUGUUGUUAUGUUGGCUUUGGCUUCUCCUUAUGUUCUUUGGCUUCUUUAUUUAAUUCAUUUUGGGGCAAACUUAUGUUUAUAUCAAUGCAAUUGUAGAAGUCAAGAACUCAUUGCAGUAUAUUUAGAAAUUAACUGUAAGGAGCUUGUUGUCGUUGAUGUAGUCACCUCCGUGGUUGGUCAGUGUUGAUGCAGUUAGUGAUAUAUUUUGUUAUGUGUGUGAGUGCUGAGGACGGCUUAUUAUGCAAUUCCCAGCAUGAGUAAACAUUUGCUUUAGUAUUUUUUAUUUGUUCUUUACAAUGUCGUGUUGAUAAAUUGAAAUAGCACUUAAAAAAAAAUAUUCCUCGGCUUUACCUCUAUAAUGUUGCGAUAGUAUCGGGUUAAUUUUUCCACCGUUUGUGUUAUAUGAGCUUUGUGGUCGAAUUUCAUCACAAAAUGUUUGGUUAUCACUUGCAAAUUACAUUUCAGUACAUUGAUUUGUAGGAGUGGCUUACCUCUCUCAUGACCCGUCCUACCCAUAGAUGUUUGCAGUAGUGUAUGGGGCUGUAAGGAAGUGGCAGUUGAGGGGGCACCAGUGUUCAUAUCACCGUGAGCACAACAAGUAACUUUCAUGCUCACUUAGAGCCAAAAAUAAGGUUAGGUACCUGAUUGGUUUGUAUAUGUUUGUUUUUAAUAAAAACUUUUAUGAGAAUAGUUUAUUUAGUAUGGGUAGUAAGGUAUGUGAUGUUGAGGCACUGGAGAAAUGUUGACAAAUUGAUUAAUGUUGCACAUGACAUAAUUACUAUGAGAAUGAUAAAAUACAAAAUGUUAAGAUAGAUCUGUGUUGAACAGAAUGUGUGGCCGAGAUUUAAUGUGUGAAUGUUAAGUGCAUUAUGCAAAAAGAAUGAUAUGACUAAAUUGAGGACAAGUCAUGAAAGAGAGGAAUUAUAGAUAUUGCAUAACUCAAGUACCUUACUGCCCAGUCUAAUGGACUUUGUAUUUUUUAGUUUUUUAUAUAAAAAUUAUAAAGUAAUAAAACAUACCAUAUUUGAACUGUCAAGUGACUUCACAAAACCUUUGUAGAUGUUAAUUACAUGUUGCUUGAGGGAGUGGGGGGGGGGGAGGGGUCUCAGUGACUGGAGAUGGCUGUCUCUAAGGUGAAGUGUUUACGACCCCCAGCUGCCAGGGUCAUGUACUGCUGCACCUCCUCUUAUUGGAAACCUGUUUAUUGUAUUAUUAUUAUUUUGAUUAUUGCAUUGUAAAACACUCAUUGUAAACCUGUUAUGAUGCACUAUAUUAGAACAUUAUGCCCCUCUUAAUUAUAGUUCCCAUAUCAUCUACCAAAAAUAUGGAUUGAUACUUAUGUUCAUUACUGUAAUUGCUUAUAUAUUUAUUUACAUAUUAUAAUUACAACUAAUAAAUCAGAUGUGCAAUAUAAUAGGCAAGCAAUGAACUCAUGCUGGCAAUAAUGCAAAGUAUCUUUGUGUUGCAACCCUCAGCCCAUUUAAAGUGUGUGCCAAAUACUGUUAUUUAUAUCAUUGUUUAAUGUAAAAAAAAUGAGUGAGAAACACACAAAAUUGGCAAAACGUAGUUCCAGAAAAGGUUGAAUUCUAACUUGGUAUCAUUUUGAAUAUUAUUUACAUAUAGCUUUUGCUAAAUUUUAUUAUAUACUGUUAUAUUUAGUUUUUUGUCUUUUAAGCAUCUAAAUUCAAAACUGGUUAAAAAAUAUACAUAACAUUGAAUCACACGUCGUGUGUUUUUGUUUUUUGUAAAUAUUGCUGGCAUACGUGAACCACAAGUUAUUAUAUGACGAGGCUAAAUAGUUAAGGUGCAAGACUUGGUGGGAUCAGUUGUGGGUAUUGAGUAGCGUUGGUGUGUGUGUACACGUGUGCUCCAGCUAAAACAUUUACCCAUCUCCUUUAGGCUUCAUCUCACAUGAAGCUAUGAUGAAUCCAUAAAUGUUAUCAACACUUACGGCAGCAUUUUCUCAAAUGAUCAUAUAAUCGGCGAAUUAGGACAUCCACAUACUAAUUAAUAGGUAUUUGGACGGAACAUUAACCAUGUAGCAUUAUGCAGAAGUUUGGCAAAUUUAGAUAUAUUAAUCAUAUUUUAUUGCAUAAACAUAGAGUAAUAGUUUAUUAGAAAACUAGAUUAUGUAGUGAUAGUUGAGAGGACACCUCUUAUACUUAGCUCCCUUUAGACCAGUGUCUCCUCAUCUCCAAGAUGCAACCCGUAACAGUUGCUUAAUGAUAGGGUACCUAUUUACUGCUAGGUGAACAGAAGCAUUAGGUGUAAGGAAAAGUACCCAAACCUCUCCGUCCUGCAUGGGAAUGGACUCUGGGACCAUGCGUUGUGUUCAGCUUCAUGUAAUUUUGAGCAACAUCUUGGAUUGAUUAGGUGUUGUGCCUUCAAAAUGCUUUUCAUUUCCUUCAGGUUUGACUUUAUUCAGAAUUAAAUUAGGAUAAAAUCAAGUCCAGACUAUUUAUAUAAACAUGAAGGUAGGGAAAUUAUCAGGAGAAAGCACUAAGCCAGUAUAAGAAUUUAGACAAUGUAAUAUUUUAAAACUGAAAUUAGGCAAAUGCAUUAUUUUAGUAUUGUACACUUCAUUAUACAUGUUUAUUAACAAUCAUAAAUUGAUUUACAAAACUAAUACAAGGCACAAAUAAAUUAUUCACAUUCAAAAAUGGAUAAAUUACUAUAUUUUUAUUUAUGUGAAACCAAAUAUUUAGAUUGAUAGCCAAUGCAAUGUUUACACUCAUUUAUUUUUAAUGUAUGACUAAUAGGGUUGAAGUUGCAUCAUGAUAGCAAGCGGGUGAAUUUUAUUGCAAGUGUUAAAAGCACUAGGUGGUAUAACAUGAUGCACCAGGGGCUGAAAACCUUUCACACACAACACUGGCUGUACCUACACUACUGCCAAGGGAGCUAACAAACUUCCCACAACUCAUCUUAGCUAUACCUACACGUAACCAGUAAUCAACAAAUCAAGUGUUAAUGAGCAUGUAUUUGAAAUGUUAUUACAUCCUUUAGCAUGGUUAGGGGUGUGUGUGUGUGUGUGUGUGUGUGUGUGUGUGUGUGUGUGUGUGUGUGUGUGUGUGUGUGUGUGUGUGUGUGUGUGUGUGUGUGUGUGUGUGUGAGCCAUCUAUUGUACGAGUGGAAGUUAUUGGUGUGUGUUGGUAGAGAACUGAUUACUGCCCCACAAACCCAAAUGUGUACAUGUUAGUCCAGUGUCUUUAUUUAUUUUGUAUAUUUUUGUUUUAUUAUUUAAAAAGGAACUGAACCUUAUUGUGUAAUAUGAAUUGAUGUGAUGUCUAACUUUCUAGAUUAUUGUAGAAAGAUUGCUAAGUGCUAGCACGGGGGAGAGGUACAAACUUCACAUUUUACCAAACAUUUUACACUUCAGUAGUUUGCCAUAUUCCCUCUCCCCUUUAACUAUAUCCUACCCAUAUUUCUAGUUUUAUUUUAAGUUUUAUUUGUGAUAUAAAUGAAUUUGUUUUUUCUGUUGAACAUGUUGAGUAUCGUACCCCAAUUAUGAUUUGUUAAAUUAUGUGUAUUGUAGAGUUUUAAGUAGAAAUGGUAAUGCAGCCAGUGAUCAUUAGUGUAAAUCUUAGCUCAUAUGGUGAUAAACAGUUGUAUCUGAUGAAGCGAGAGCUGCACUAUGAAUGCUGGAAUGUCACUAUGUGCGCAUCACCACCAAUCAUCUUGCAGCUUUACAUAACAUUGGGCAUCAGCACCAGUCAGACUGAGGCUUUCCCAAAAAGAGUAUGAUUAUUGCAAUGAUUGGGUGUUAGUUGUGUAUAGAGAGAAGUAGGAAGUGCAACUUGCUCUACUGUGACAAAAAGACAAGGUGGUCGUCUUUGGAUGCAACCUUUUGAUAUAAUGUAAAAUACAUGACUGAUUUUUAUACCUCUUUUUCACUGCCAUUCAUAAGAGCUCCAUGCCUUUAUGGCCUUUCUGUCAGUAGUCUGUUAAAUACCAAACAAACUCAGAUGUAUAAUACAAUACAGUAUUCCAAACAAUAUAAUUGAUAUGUAUCUACUGAAGAAACUGCCACAUAGCACUUCAUGUAUAUGAAGGAUGCUGAAUGAAUUUGUCUCUCAAAGAGAAUUAUAGUGUAGAUAAUAUAUUAAGUCUUCACUGCUCAGGCACCUGAUAGGAAGGCUUAACAGGCAACAUUGUAAAUAGUGUAAGAUAAAGUGUUUUGUUGUGUUGCUGGUCACAAUCAUUGAUCUCAUUGCGUGUUCUAAUGCCCCUGCUACUGCCAGUUACUUCUCAUGGGUUUCAUCAAGUCACAGUAAUGAGUACAUUGUGUACAUAAUUGUACCUAUGUAUAUCUUAUCGAGGGCCAGCCUAUGCUUGUGAUAGCCUGGGCUGCCUUAGGCUGUGUGCAUUAGUAACCAGAUUGUCAGUUAUAAACAAAAUUAUACAUUUCAUCAAUAAUUUGCACAACAAAGCCAAAUAUUUCCAGUCUGGUUACACUUCAUCCCUACAGAAUAACAAUAUGUAGUGUUUCUGACAAAACUAUUUCUAUUGAUACAAAAGCUCUCCAACAAACCUAGUAGCAGCACAUCCUUCAAGUAUCCUAGAAAUUCUUAAUUACCAGUAUUUUGUCAUGUGGUCUUGGCAGCUAAUGUUGGGUGUUCUGUGUUGCUAGAGGAUAUCCACAUAUUUGCUGUAAGGACUACAAGCUUUGUUGUCACUAUUCUGUGGGGGUGAUGGCUACUCACAAGUGACUACAUCGAUGCUUUACAAAAUAAGGAUGAUUAAUAGCACAUGUCUUAUCUUCCAGAAUCAAAUAUUGUAAUUUAAAUGUGAUCCAUCCACUCUUUAGAAGCUGUGUGCUCGACUAAUUUAAAAUGAGUUUAUUUACAGCAAGGGCUUGGCGAGUUCAAACUGCUGUUAACGGUAGCAGGAACUUGUAAAUAGGGUUCAUUAUCGUUCGGGUCAAGUAAUUAUGAGGCUGAAGUGAUAAGAGCAUUGGAAAACCACCUCAGAAAAAAUGAGUAUGUUUCAUUACCAGCCAAUGACGGAGUAAAUCUUCAGAAUCUGGACAUUCUAGCAGGAUUUUAUUAUUAAUCAUGGAUUACUAUAGACCAUUAGCAAAACAACACUUAUUAAAAAAAUGGUUUAUAAUCCUUUGUUUUAAAUUGUUUGGAACUAAUUGUAAUCGGUGUCCAGCUUUUGAUUAUUUGCCCCUCGUGUGUCCAUAUGUGGUUAACUCACGUAUGGGAUCAUGACUAAGUACAAAAAUUUGCCCUACCUGUACUUAAUGUAAUAUGACCUUUUUGUAUUGUACUCUUGAUUCCAGGUUCUUCUAGCAGUGUUUGAUGCCUUCAGAAAAUUAAGACAUUUCAAAACUUCAAAAGCUAAAAGCUUGUAAAGUGUAAUCAGUUAAGGUAUUGGGCAUCCAGUGUGUGACAAGAAGACGGCUGGAGUAAUAGACAGGAGUACAUGCAUUUGGUUCUUAUCUAUCAUGUCUGUAAAAUUGUAUCCAUUGUUCAGAAUAAAAUUCUCAAUUGUUUUUACUAAAA